GGUACAUAGAGUCUGUGGUAGGGUGGAAAGUAGAUUAGUGAGAUGGCAGCAGACUGCAGACCUCUUUAUUGACGUCUUCUUCCGAAAUCUGGACAUUUGAUUGAUUCGUUAAUGAGCGUGAUACGAGUUUAACGGCUUCUCAUCAGCUACUGACGUUACUAACCACAGCCACAGCUUCUAAACUUGUGCAGCCAGCUAGCGAAUGGCUGGCUAGCUAGCCGAUUCAUCUGUGAUGGUCUGGGGGAAGAACGGAAUCCAAGCUGACAUGGAAGACUGCGAUGGGGGGGACGUGGUAGAGACACCUGAGCUGCCUCUGGAGAUCAUAGUUUACAUCCUGAGCUUUCUUCACGCUUCAGACAGGAAGGAAGCCUCGCUGGUCUGCCGCAGCUGGUACACUGCCAGUCAGGACCUGCACUUUCAGAAGGACGUCACCUUCUGCUUCCCAGCUUCGGCCUCGUCCCUGGAGCUCAUCAGAGGUCUGGGCAGAAAGUCUCGCUGCAGUCUGGUCAUCAGCCAGCUCGAUGGGUUCAGUAUGUCCAGGUCGCUGCUUCUGGAGGUGGGACUGUGCUUGGGCUCUCAGUUGGAGAGCUUGGCCCUGCCUGGCAGCAGUAUAACAGAGGCCUCUCUGCUGGCCCUCCUCCCUCGCCUCACCUCCCUCCGCAGGCUGGACCUCAGGGGUCUGGACAGCCUCUUCAUGUCUGGGGCUUUCCUCUCCAGGGAGGAGCACAGACAACAGGUCAGGUCAGCUCUGUCUGGUUUGGAGGAGCUGGACCUGUCUGAUCUGCGCUACCUUUCCGAUCUCACCUUCAAUCGACUCACUGGCUGUACCCCACGCCUCCGCCGCCUCUCGCUGGCUGGCUGCCAUAUUGCUUUCGAGUUUGACCCAUAUCGAGGGUGCCCAGUGGGAGCUGUUCAGGAUUCAUCAGCGUUGCUGUCGCUGAGGAACUUGCGGAGGUUGUUAACAGAGCAGAAAUCUACCCUCGUAGCUCUGGACCUCAGCAGAACCUCCAUCACCCCUGAGUCACUACGAGUUAUUGCACAGGUUCAGAAUUUGGUCUUAAAGGAACUGUGUCUACAAGGCUGUAAGGAGCUAACCGACUACUCCGUGGAGAUUCUGGUGAAGCAUCAGCCCAGUCUUCAGAGACUGGAUAUUAGUGCCUGCACUGAGCUGACCAGCAGAUCUGUAGAGGCCAUGGCACAGGGCCUGAAGACGCUGACACACCUCUCCUUGUCCCACGACUGGAGGAUCACUGAAAAAGGCCUCGCUGAACUUCUGUCUGUGUCGUCCCUGAGGAGUCUGGAUCUGUCUGAGUGUCUGCACAUCAGUGGAACAGAGAUCGUGAAAGGCCUGACAGGAUCCAGUGCUACCAGAGCACAGCUGGAGACACUCAGCCUCAAGAGCUGCACCUACAUUAGGGAUCUUGCAGUUUUCUCUCUCACCCAGCUUCUUGCGGACACUCUCCGCGAGCUAGACUUGACAUCAUGUGUCAAUGUGACUGACCUGUCUGUACGCUCUAUAGCCACUUACCUGCAGAGGCUGGUAGUUCUGCGGCUCGGCUGGUGUAAAGAAAUCACUGACUGGGGGCUGCUGGGGAUCGUGGAAACAACCUUGUGUGAGCCUGACCAGGAGACGGGAGACAAGGGUCCCAGGUUCACCCGGACCUUCGGCAACAUGGGCUUCUUCAAGCCCCCUCGUUUGCCGUUUGAGGAGAGGCCCAAGCUGGUGACACAGAAUGACUUGGAGCAGUUCAGACAGCAGGCUGGAGCUUCACUUUUAGCUCUCAGCAGGCUGCAGGAGCUGGACCUCUCUGCCUGCCCCAAACUUACUGACAGCAGCAUCACACAGGUGGUUCGUUACCCAGACCUCCAUCGUCUGUCACUCUCCAUGCUGCCGGAGAUCACGGAUGCCAGCUUGGUGUCGGUUGCCUGGCACUGCCGAAGCCUCACCAGCCUGGCCCUCAGCCACUGCCCGGGAAUCAGUGACCGUGGAGUGGCACAGGCAGCACCGCAUCUACACAGACUGCAGCACCUCUACCUGUCCUGCUGUAAUAACAUCACGGACAGGUCCUUGUUCCUCCUGGUGCAGCACUGUAAACGUCUGCGAACACUUGACAUCUCAAGAUGCAAAAACAUCUCGCUAACAACCGUGGACCUCCUUCAAUCACAGCUGCCCUUCUUGGAAAAUGUCCACUACAAAUUCAUUGGCGGGGCUGAUCUUAGCCUUCCGCUGUGACGGACAGCCGCUGGACCUUUUCAGCAACAAACCCGCUGACCAAAGCCUGCUCCAUUAGUUGAGCUUUUGCACGUCAACAAUUUGCACAAGAAGUGAGGGAGGUGUUGUCAGUCUACUGUAAAACCUGUCACCUAUACAUCAUCCUGUUCUGUACGUGAGUUUAAAAAAGUCUUUUCUUUUAUGGGGCAGGUACGAAAAUAAUAUGGAAAUAUUUCUGUUUGUAUGUUUAACAUUUCCAAUGUUGCUUGGAUUCAAAUAAUCAUAAAUCCUGAAAUCUGCAACACACAGUACACACACAGCCACAGCAAGAAUUCAAUUCAAUUCAAUUCAGUGUUAUUUAUGUAGCGCCAAAUCACAGCUGAAGUUGUCUAAGGACACUUUACAUUUAGAGCAGGUACAGACCAAACACUUUAUCGAAGAAAAGAUUCUCACAGCGUCUCAUUACAAUCAGAGUGUGAAUUGUUAGAGGUACAUUCACCCAAACCAGUCAAACAAUAUCUCAGAAAAUAUUUAUGUUGCUGAAGGCUGAGCAGAAAUCAUUUUGUCAAGAUUGAAAGAUGAUUCUGAAUCAUAUGUAUAAUAAUGUAAUUACAUGUUUAAAAAUUUUGAACUAAUGUUGGUCAAAUUGGAAAACGCGCUGCAGACUAGUUCUUACAUUUAGUCCACAACUAAACAUGCCAUUCCAGUUCUCUACCAGGCUUCAUUAAAUGCUCUCGCUCGUCCAUGUUUUUUUUUCUUUUAUCUUGUUUUUUUUGUUUGUUUGUUUUAAACAACAAAACAGGAGAAAUGUUUUUUUUGACAAUGGCAGUUCUAGAAGAAGUAAAUAUGGAAUACAAAGUGAAGUAGUGGUGCAGUAGUGGUGCUCAACUUCAAGAAAUGACACCGAAGCUAAGGUGAAUGAUGGCAUGGCAUGAUUUUUGAAGAAGACAGAACUGUUUUUGGACCUGAUCCUUUAGGAUUUACAGUGUGCCUGCCCCCAGUACUUAACAGUUUUAAUUAUUUAAGGGUUCUUUGAAAACAACCUGCUUUAUCAGAUGUGAUAAGCAUGUAGUCAAACUUAGUCUAAAAUUUGAAGGAAUUUAUUGAAAGGGAGUAAUUUUCCACAGAGAGCAGACAAAUCAUAUCACAACAUUUUUUUUUUCAAUGAAAAUCUUAAGCAAUGACAUUUGCUGUUAUUACUAGAUACUACAAUUUUACCAUAACGGUGCAAACUGUAGUUUCGAACUGACUUGAAUUCAUCUCUCCUUUGUUGUCUUUGGUCAAGCGCUGUAGCCUAAUUAAGAAAAUAUCCCUUUAUACUGUAUGUACAUUGUUGAACAAUUUUGUACUGUUGUAACAGUGUUUGAGCCACUGUGAUAGAGGGAAACUUUUACUCUGCAAAGGUGAAAAAUCAAGGAUAAAGUAUGUUGAUUUUAUAAAUAAACCAAAGUCUGGCUGCUACGCUACAG